AUGCGGGGCGACGCGAUGAUUCACUGGUCAGGCACUCAUCGUCGUGCGGCGGCGCGUCUGCUCGUGUGCCUCCUAUCAAUCCACGCCGCUCGCCAUGUGCGGCCCGUCGCCGCGGCGGUGGACUAUGGCGACGCGAUGGCGAAGGCGAUUCUGUUCUUCGAGGCGCAGCGAUCCGGGCAGCUCACGGGCGCCGCGAUUCCCACCACCAUCACGUGGCGCGGCAAUUCCGGUCUUUCCGACGGCACCGCGCAAGGGGUGGAUCUGCGCGGGGGGUACUACGAGGGCGGCAGCAACGUGAAGGCGGGGCUGCCGGGGGCGUUCGCCGCCACCAUGCUCGCGUGGAGCCUCGUUGACUUUGGACGCCACAUCCUCGCUGCGGGCGGCGCUGCGCAGCUGUCCGCGGCGCGCGACGCGCUGCGGUGGGCGACGGACUACCUCAUCAAGGCGCACACCAAACCCGAGGAGCUCUGGGCGCAGGUGGGAGACUGGGUGACGGACGGGGCGUGCUGGCAGCGGCCGGAGGACAUGAGCACAUCGCGCACGGCAUACCGCGUCAAUGCCACCCGCCCCGGAUCCGACCUCGCCGCUGAAUCCGCCGCCGCCCUCGCCGCCGCCUCCCUUGCCUUCCGAGAUGUCAACGCCUCCUACGCCGCCUCCUGCCUCGCCCACGCGCAGCAGCUGUUAGUGUUUGCUGACAAGUACCGCGGCGUAUACAGCACGGUCGUCCCUGGGGCGGCGCUCAAGUUCCCCUCCACGGGCUACACGGACGAGUUGGCGUGGGCGGCAGCAUGGCUGUACAGGGCGACGGGGCUGAGGCGGUAUUUGGAGUAUGUGCAGCGCAAUGAGGCGGCCAUUGGGGGGACGCAGCAGAUGCACACGGAGAUGAGUUGGGACCAGACGCUGCCCGGCGCGCAACUGCUGCUCGCACAGGCGCUGUGGGCGGGGCUGCCGGCGAGCAUCCAGGGGAGUGCUGCGAUAAUGAGGGUGGUGGAGGGGUAUGCAGGCAUGGCCGAGGUGUAUGCGUGUGCGCACAUGCCUGCCAACCCCCUGCGAGCCGUCUACACCACGCCGGCCGGGCUGCUGUAUGUGCGCGCCAGCAACGCCCAGCUCGCCCUCUCCUCCGCGUUCCUCCUCGCUCUGCUCGCCGACUCCCUCGCUGCCACCUCUCGCUCCCUCGACUGCCAAGGCGUCUCCUUCUCGCCCUCCCAGAUCACCGCCUUCGCCCAGUCGCAGGUGGACUAUCUGCUGGGCAGCAAUCCGCUCGCCCUCUCCUUCAUGGUCGGCUUUGGCACCGCCUUUCCUCAGAAGGUGCACCACCGGGCGGCGUCCAUUGUCUCAUUCAACACGGACCCGUCGCCAGUAACGUGCCAGGGCGGCAACACCACGUACCUGCAGAGUGCCUCCGCCAACCCCAACGUGCUCGUUGGUGCCAUCGUUGGCGGCCCCAACGCCACCGAUGGCUUUCUGGACUCACGGCUGCACCCAGCCUUCACGGAGCCCUCAGCCGCCGCCAAUGCCGUCGCUGUCGGCCUCCUCGCCCGCCUCGCUGCCGGCGCCCUCCCCCCUGCCUCCCCGCCUCCCCCCUCCCCCCCCGCUCCCCGCUCCCCUCCGCCCCCGCCCCCUGCACCUCACCCUCCCCCACUGCGACUGCCCCCUUCUGCCCCCCGACCUCCCCCCG